AUGGCCUUCGCGCCCAUGGGGCCCGAGCCCUCGUUCUUCCAGGCUUUGGACCAGCACAGGGCUUCCCUGCUGGCCGCCCUGAGGAGAGGCGGCAGGGAGCCCGCGGGCGUGGGGACCCGGCUGGUCUCCAGUUCUGAGGUUCUUGCAUCGAUCGAAAAUAUUAUCCAAGACAUAAUCACAAGCUUGGCAAGAAACGAAGCACCUGCGUUCAUGAUAGAAAACAGAUCGACCUGGGGAAACAUAAAGUUUGAAGAUUCUGUGGGUCUUCAGAUGGCGCCUCACUGCACCACAAGAAAGAUCAAAAGUGAUUCGCCAAAAUCAGUUAGGAAUUUUGCUCUAAUUCUUAAAAUACUGUCUAUGAUUUAUAAACUAGUACAGAGCAACACUUACGCAACCAAAAGAGACAUCUAUUACACUGACAGCCAACUCUUUGGGGAUCAGGCCACUGUGGACAGCACCAUCAACGACGUCUCCUGCAUGCUGAAAGUGCCCAGGAGGUGCCUGCACAUAUUAUCUACAUCAAAAGGUCUAAUCGCCGGCAACCUGAGGUACAUGGAGGAAGACGGCACCAAAGUGCACUGCAGCUGCGCGACAGCUGUUGCUGUACCAUCUAAUAUUCAAGGAAUCUGGAAUUUAAUUACAGAUGCAAAAUUUCUAUUAAUUGUAGAAAAAGAUGCGACAUUUCAGCGACUGCUAGAUGACAACUUUUGCAGCAAAAUGUCUCCGUGCAUCAUGGUCACGGGGAAGGGAGUGCCCGACCUGAACACCAGACUCCUGGUCAGGAAGCUGUGGGACACCUUUCACAUCCCCACGGUCACUCUGGUGGACGCCGACCCGCACGGGAUAGAAAUAAUGUGCAUUUAUAAGUACGGAUCUAUGUCGAUGUCCUUCGAAGCCCAUAACCUCACCGUUCCCGCUGUUAGAUGGCUCGGUCUCCUUCCAUCGGACAUUAAAAGGUUAAACAUACCCAGAGAUAACUUAGUUCCGCUGACAAAACGGGACCAAAUGAAACUCGACAGCAUCCUAAAGAGACCCUACGUUACUUGCCAGCCAUGUUGGAGGAAAGAAAUGGAAACAAUGGCAGGCUCUAAAGUGAAGGCAGCGAUUCAAGCUCUGACCCUCCUGUCACCGGAUUACCUCUCCAGGGUGUACCUCCCUAACAAGCUACAGUUUGGAGGGUGGGUGUAA